AUGAUCCAAGACAUCAAUGUCAGAUUUCAGGAUAUUGAAAAUAAUAAAAUAUAUACAAUAGCUACUUAUCUAGAUCCACGGUUUAAACUCAAGUUUUUUACUGAAAUUACGAAGGAACAGGUACAGUCUGAGAUUCUGGGGAUUCUUGGGUGUUCAAAAGCUUCUCGUGAUGAAGGUCCUUCUUCACCUAAGAGAUCACGGAAUGAGAUUCCGACAACAAGCUCAAGCAACUAUUCACACAUUCAAUCUUGUCUAGCUGAAAUAUUAAGCUUAAGUGACGAGGAAGAGCAAAACAUAGAUUGUGGUGAUGAUGUGCACAAUCAAUUUAUUGUUAAAAAGACAUUACUAAAUGAAUACAACAGGGAGAAACGAUUGACACUCAAUGAAGAUCCACUUUUAUGGUGGAAAAUGCAUACCAAGUACCAUUGCUUAAGUGAUUUAGUAAGACAGUACCUUUCUCCACCUCCUGGAAGUGUACCAAGUGAGCAGCUUUUCAGUGCAGCUGGGUUAAUUUAUGACCCCUUAAGAAAUCGACUUUCUGGUGAUAAGGCUGCGAAAUUGCUUUUUGUUAAGUAUAAUUUACCUUUGCUUAGUUUCGACUAUUAA